AUGCCCAAUAGCUUGGAAGGCCAAUUUAUCAGACUCGAAGUCAUCAGCGGAAAACAUCUUCAAGUGCCUUCUGAGCGCGCACCCGCAGGCAUCUACGUAUCCAUCAAUGUUGACUCGAGGAGACGCUGGAAAUCAGCUAUCAAAGUCUUAUCAUCCGACGAAUCUGUAGCAUGGGGCGAUACCGCGACCUUAUCAUUAGAUGCUUCAUCCAAAUUAUCACUGGACAUCAGGGCAUCUUUCGAACUCAAUCGAAUGCUGGGCAGCGGGGAACUCAUCGGAGAACUCGAGGUGACGUGGGAUGAGCUACUCGAUCACGGAGACGAGCCUUUCAAUCUCUCAUUCCCGCCCGUUCGUGGGGGAUGUCCUUCCCUCAUGCUGAAGGCCGCUGUUGUACAUUCUUGCGACAAUCAGGACAGCGCACUACUUUACUCCACAGCAGAAUGCGAGAUUGAUCGAGACACAGAUGCAGGCCACGCCCGAUUUGCCGAAUAUGUUUCAAGCGAGAGAGUCUCUCACCUGAACGAUGCUGUAGAGCAUUUUCAGUCGGUUCUAGACCAGUGUCCGGUCGACCAUCCUGACCGUGCAGCGGUUCUCACCAACCUCGCGUGGGCCCGCCUCAAAAGCUAUAUUGAAGGGGAUUUCCAAGACAUUGACUCCGUCACUUCCCUCUUCCGCGAAGCCCUUGCAUUGCGUCUGCAGGGUCACCCCGAUUAUCCAUUAUCGCUCUAUUACCUCGCCGAAGCGCUGACCUGGCGCUACAGCAAGGAGGGCACCGCAAUCUAUAUCCAGGAAUCCGCGCAGCUGUACCGCAAGCUACUACCUCUCUGUCCCGAGGGCACCUACCUUCGCACCAUCGCGGCAGGGGAAAAUGGCGUCGAUUAUGUGAUCGGUGAAUGCAACAAUCUUCCAACCGACGCAUCCGAUGAAGGCAUCCACCUCCGACGAAUCGUGCUCCAACUUUGUCCUCCGGGUCAUCAAUACCAUCCAGACGCACUCAACCAGCUUUCGAGUGCUCUCCAAUUACGCUUUCGACAAUGCGGCAGCAUUGAUGACAUAGACGAGAGCAUACGAGUUGGUCGCGAAGCUGUUUCUCUAUGCCCCGAGGAACAUACCAGCCGUGCUACCUAUUUGAAAAUCUUGGGCUACUCACUCCGACACCGCUUUGAUCACCAAGGCAGAUCCCAUGACCUUGAUGAAGCCAUCUGUGUAUAUGAAGAAGCGCUGCGCAUGUGCCCUGUUGGGCACAAAACUCGUUGUCUAUCAUUGGACACCCUAGGGGGCGCCCUCCGCGUCCGAUUUAUCAAACGUGGUGAUGUUGAUGACAUUAACAAAGCUAUCAGCCUCCGUCGCGAGGCACUGAUGUUGAGCCCACCUGGGCAUCCACAUCAUGACACCGCGCUUAACAACCUUGCUAUCACGCUCAAAAUCAGAUAUAACGAAUUGAAUGUCAGCGAGGAUCUCGACGAGGCCAUCAAUCUUUACCGCGAAUCGCUUCGGUUAACGCGGCUUGAAGAUCCACAGCGUCCUAGAAAUCUCUCCAAUUUGAGUUCGGUACUUCGCUCUCGUUUCACAAAAACUCAGAAGAAUGAAGAUAUCGAGGAGGCCAUUCGACUCUGCCAAGAGUCGUUGGAGGCUUUACCUUCACUGCACCCAGACAGAUCUUCUAGUUACGUGUGGUUGCAGGAAGCUUACUUGUCUCGUUACCGAGUGCAACGCAAGUCUGCUGAUUUGUCACUCGCUGUAGAGAACUUCAGAUUGGCAUCACAACACCCAACUCAGGGAUUUCCAGAACGCAUAAAGGAGGCUAUUGAUUGGGCUCGCCAAACAGAGGUCUAUCAACAACAAUCUGCCCUCGAAGCGUACAAAAUAUGCUUGGAACUUAUUGACAACCACAUGAUGACACGAUCAUCAAUCAUCUCACGACGCGAGGCAGCAACCGCUUUCCACGGUGCACAGUCACUGCCAGUAGAUGCAGCCUCAUGUGCCAUCCGUCGUAACAAUGUACGACAGGCAGUCAAACUCGUGGAGCAGGGCCGUGGCCAGCAGUGGUCGCUGGCCUCGCGACUCAGAACACCGCUCGAAGACCUCGAGUCCACGAGUCCCGAGCUAGCUCGCAAGCUCUCAGAGCUCAGAAAGAGCCUUUCUGAUGCUCAGGGUUCCGCAGCCAGCACAGACAGAGCUGCUGCUGAUCGGACAGCAACCGAGUACAGGCGACUUACAAGGCAAUGGGACGCUGCAGUGGCUGAAAUCCGUAAUCUUCGGGCGUUCUCACGAUUCCUGCUCCCACUUUUGUAUGAAGACUUGCAAGCGGCAGCGCGCCAAGGCCCAGUCAUCAUUUUCAUCGCCAGUCAAUAUUCGUGCAGCGCCAUCAUCGUCCCGACAUCAGGAGAGCCCCAUCAUGUUCCCUUGCCAUCUGUUACUCUCACAGAUCUGAAUAAUCUCAAGGAUCGCUUCGCCAGGGCGAUACGACACGCAUCUACGAUGGGCCCAAAAGUGCCGCGUAACGAUCUAAUAGUCCUCUUGCGGACAGUAUGGAACGAGAUCAUGCUACCCAUCAUCAAUGUCCUCCAGCAUGUCCUGAAGUUAAAUUCCCUCUCUCGAAUCUGGCUGUGUCCGACUGCAGCUUUCACGUCUAUUCCUCUGCACGCAGCUCACCCCUUUCAAACGAACGCAGAUCGCUCUAAGGAACCAUGCCUGGAGGAUCUCUUUAUCUGCUCUUACACGCCAACACUUUCAGCUCUAGUCAGAUCUAGACGGAUGAUGAAGAAGCGUGUCGCUCCAUCCUUCGCGACAAUCGGACAAGGUCAACCUGGUGCAGGGAAAGGCAAGGCACUCUUGGCUGUCGACAGCGAGGUCGAGCUUGUCCGAAAGCUCGUUCCUGAGACAGCCAACCGCACCAAUAUUUCUGGGGACGCAGCCACACGAGCAGGUGCACUCGAAGCUUUGGAAGAGAACACCUGGGUGCACCUUGCCUGUCAUGGCAAGCAGGACCCUACGCAGCCUUACGAUUCGCAUUUCGUCAUGAGAGAUGGACCUCUGACGCUGCUUGAUAUCAUGGAGAAAGACAUUCCGCACGCAGAGUUCGCAUUCUUAUCCGCUUGUCAUACCGCCGUUGGCGAUAAGGAGACGCCCGACGAAGUGAUUCACCUCGCAGCUGGUCUCCAGUUUUCGGGGUUCAAGAGCGUCGACGACGCUGUCGCAAAACAUGUUGUCGAGGCUUUCUACAAGAACAUGUUCAAGGAUCUGGAGGAGGGUGGUGAGAUGGACUGUACGAAGGCAGCCUGGGCACUCAAUCGUGCUACACACGCCGUGAAGACGAAAGUGCCGCUCGAGCAGAGGAUGGUUUUCGUUCAUAUUGGACUAGAUUCCGAAGGUUCCUCCAGUGGUGAGAACGAUCUUUAUAUUUGGUGGGGAUACUGCAAGUAG